AUGAGUGACUGCUUGGCGAAUCCGGAAUGUGCAGUGGUGACAUGGCGCGUGCCAUUGUAUUGUGGAGUUUUUAAAUUAGUAGUACCGAAUACUGAUAGCCUUGGCAUCAUGAAAAUUACUAAGACUGGAGAGGAAGAUGGGACUGUUGUGGGGAUAAAGGCCCAACUAGUCUCCGGCCAGUGUCCAUCGCUUCAAAACAAGAUCAUUGCAAGCCUAGCCCCACCACAAUCAUUUCAAAACCAACUCUUCUCAUAUACUUGGAGCAGUGACAUUAAUGGAUGGUCUGUCACAGAAUGCUCGACAUCAAUCAUAGUUCGAUCCUCCAGUGUGACCUUGUGCGUGAAGAUCACAGGCUCUGAUGUUCUAGCUUCUACUGGCGGAGGAGUUACACAACCUGAUGCUCAACAGAGCGUGGAGAAUAAAGGACGGCAAAUAAUUGGUUUAGCGUCGAUGGAGGAACUGGAGUUUAUAUCGCAAGCAGGAGUUUUUUUGGAGUCUUACUGGAUUGGCGGAAAAGCGAGCAACUGCUUAUUCGGGAUUUGUUCGACGAUCACCUGGACAGAUAGCUGGAUCAGUUCCAGCACCUAUACAUCAAUACCAUCAUCGGUCCCGGAUCCUUGUCUGGCAGUGGUAAAUGGAGAGGUGGUUGGUCGGGAUUGUAACGAGAAGCUGAGGGGAGCCUUGUGUGCCUGGCAGAUACUUUAA